CUCUCUGCCCUCUCUCAGCUCUCCAUUUUUAUCCGAGUUUCUCGCCCUUUGAGGACAACCGGAAGCGCCAGGCCAUCUUCCUUGUUGAUUUGGCUUGGUUUCUGCUUCUCCGGAAGUUUCCUUCUUCAUCUUCGAUCCUCUCUACUCCUUUCAAUCAAGUUUAUAAAAGAUGGCUGAUGCUGAGGAUAUCCAGCCUCUUGUCUGUGACAAUGGAACUGGAAUGGUGAAGGCUGGAUUUGCUGGAGAUGAUGCUCCCAGGGCAGUUUUCCCUAGUAUUGUGGGCCGUCCUAGACACACAGGUGUCAUGGUUGGAAUGGGUCAGAAAGAUGCUUAUGUGGGUGAUGAAGCACAAUCUAAGAGGGGUAUCCUUACCUUGAAAUAUCCCAUUGAGCAUGGUAUUGUUAGCAACUGGGAUGACAUGGAGAAGAUCUGGCAUCACACAUUCUACAAUGAGCUCCGUGUUGCACCUGAAGAACACCCAGUGCUUCUCACCGAGGCUCCACUUAACCCUAAGGCCAACAGAGAGAAGAUGACUCAGAUCAUGUUUGAGACUUUCAAUGUGCCUGCAAUGUAUGUUGCAAUCCAGGCCGUUCUCUCCCUUUAUGCCAGUGGUCGUACAACUGGUAUUGUGCUGGACUCUGGUGAUGGUGUCUCUCACACUGUUCCAAUCUACGAGGGUUAUGCUCUUCCACAUGCCAUCCUCCGUCUUGACCUUGCUGGUCGUGAUCUUACGGAUGCUAGCUGGAGAGUGAUUGUGAUGAUGAUGCUUUUUUCCUUAUUAAUUUUUUUUUCUUCCAUAUCUGAAGGUUUUUUUCCUCCCUGGGAACAUUUAAUGUUAAUAGUUAUUGUAUGAGAAAUUUUAAAUUAGUGUCAGCUUGCGGUUAUAAACUCUUAUGGAAAUUAUUAUAUUGUAAUAGUUGGUUGGAAACUUCUGAUAAGGAAUCUUUGCUCGGUCAUCAACUCAUUUGGCCUCUUA